GAAAUAGGGGCGGGCCCCCGGGCCUGGUGUGGCGGGAGGAGGAGCAGGCUUGCGGCGGAGAGAGGAGUCCAGGAGGGCCUGGCAACUGGGGAAUGAAGCCUCCGCCUUCUCGGGCAGAAGCCUUUAAAUACGGGCCCAGGCCCGGGACUCUCGUUGCAGUGAGAGGAGACCUGGCGGAGCGGCUGCAGUGCGGCCCGGAGGGAGGAGUUGUCCGCGCCGCGGGGACAGGAGCGGAAGCCGCGCUCGGUGCUUGGAAUACAGUCAUGUUUGAAAUUAAGAAGAUCUGUUGCAUCGGUGCGGGCUAUGUUGGAGGACCCACGUGUAGUGUCAUAGCUCAGAUGUGCCCUGAAAUCAAGGUAACGGUUGUUGAUGUCAAUGAAUCAAGAAUCAAUGCAUGGAACUCUCCUACGCUGCCUAUUUAUGAGCCAGGACUAAAAGAAGUGGUAGAAGCCUGUCGAGGAAAAAACCUAUUUUUUUCUACCAAUAUUGAUGAUGCCAUUAAAGAAGCUGAUCUUGUAUUUAUUUCUGUGAACACUCCGACAAAAACCUUCGGAAUGGGGAAGGGCCGUGCAGCAGAUCUGAAGUACAUUGAAGCCUGUGCUAGACGCAUUGUACAAAACUCACAUGGGUACAAAAUUGUGACGGAGAAAAGCACGGUUCCUGUGAGGGCAGCAGAAAGUAUUCGGCAAAUAUUUGAUGCAAACACAAAACCCAACUUGAAUCUACAGGUUCUGUCCAACCCUGAGUUCUUGGCAGAAGGAACGGCCAUCAAGGACCUAAAGAACCCAGACAGAGUACUGAUUGGAGGGGAUGAAACCCCAGAGGGCCAGAGAGCUGUGCAGGCACUCUGCGCUGUGUAUCAGCACUGGGUUCCAAAAGAAAAGAUCCUCACCACUAACACUUGGUCUUCAGAACUUUCCAAACUGGCAGCAAAUGCGUUUCUUGCCCAGAGAAUCAGCAGCAUUAACUCUAUAAGUGCCCUCUGUGAAGCAACAGGAGCUGAUGUAGAAGAGGUGGCAACAGCCAUUGGAAUGGACCAGAGAAUUGGAAAUAAGUUUCUGAAAGCCAGUGUUGGUUUUGGUGGGAGCUGCUUUCAAAAGGAUGUUCUGAAUUUGGUUUAUCUUUGUGAGGCUCUGAAUCUGCCUGAAGUAGCUCAUUAUUGGCAACAGGUCAUAGAUAUAAAUGACUACCAGAGGAGGAGGUUUGCUUCCCGAAUUAUAGAUGGUCUGUUUAAUACAGUGACUGAUAAGAAGAUAGCUAUUUUGGGGUUUGCAUUCAAAAAGGACACUGGUGAUACAAGAGAAUCUUCUAGUAUAUAUAUUAGCAAAUAUCUGAUGGACGAAGGUGCACACCUCCAUAUAUAUGACCCAAAAGUGCCAAGGGAACAAAUAGUGGUGGAUCUGUCUCAUCCAGGAGUUUCAGAGGAUGACCAAGUGUCUCAACUUGUGACCAUUUCUAAGGAUCCAUAUGAAGCGUGUGAUGGUGCCCAUGCUGUCGUUAUUUGCACCGAGUGGGACAUGUUUAAGGAAUUAGAUUAUGAACGUAUUCACAAAAAAAUGCUGAAGCCAGCCUUCAUCUUCGACGGACGGCGUGUCCUGGAUGGGCUCCACCAUGAACUGCAAACCAUUGGCUUCCAGAUUGAAACAAUUGGGAAAAAGGUGUCUUCAAAGAGAAUUCCAUAUGCUCCUUCUGGUGAAAUCCCAAAGUUUAGUCUUCAGGAUCCACCUAACAAGAAACCCAGAGUCUAAACAUUGUCAUUUUUAUUUGUAAUUUUUUGGUACUUCAGGAUAGCAAAUAUCUACCUGAUAUUUAAUGGUAAAUGAACCAAGUGUUUUUAAGGAAAGAAAACUAUUUUUUUAAUAAUCAAUUUAUAUUAGCUCUGUGGGAAUCAGCAUAUCUAGUAAUUAUGAAUCUAGAAUAUUUUUUACAUAUUUUUAUAAUAUUGUUACCUCAGUGGUUGGAUGAGUGGCAAAUGAUCAUGUUGGCUUUAAUGGUGUUGGUUUUUGUAAAACAAAAAUUAAACUUCAAACACUUUUUACUUUACAAAAUACCCAUAGGCAGCAUUUUAAUGUCGUAUUAUAAAGGGAAAGCACUCUUCAGUUUUUCUGAUUAUUGGUUUGAUGACCUGUCAUUAAAUAUGUAUUUUAAAUCAUAAAAUUGCUAUGCUAAUUACUGGGCAACCCGGUUAACCUUUCCGACAGUGUUGUGGAGACUUAGAGGUUCUGGCUUCACUGGGGAAAGUGCUUUCCAGACCGUUUGUCUCGAUGACCGUUUCUUAGGAGGAGGGUGUAUAAAAUGGGCAGAAUGGGGCCUUUUGUGCUUUUUCUUUUUAUUAUGCUUCUAAUAUUUUUCCUGUGCUUCUGUGUUAGAAAUAAUCCUUUUGUCUAAUGAGCUGUGUCAUUGAUUUUUAAGCCCCAAAAGGUCAUCACUGCCCUAACUGGUUUGGCUCAGUGGCUAGAGCGUCGGCCUACGGACUGAAGGGUCCCAGGUUUGAUUCCGGUCAAGGGCAUGUACCUUGGUUGCGGGCACAUCCCCGGUAGAGGGUGUGCAGGAGGCAGCUUAUCGAUGUUUCUCUCUCAUCGAUAUUUCUAGCUCUCUAUCCCUCUCCCUUCCUCUCUGUAAAAAAAAAUCAAUAAUAAAAAAUAUAUAUAUAUAUAUAUAUAUAUGAAAAGGUCAUCACUGCUUAUUUCCAAUCAAUCCAAAUAAGAUUAAAAAGCCUUUUUUUUUUAACAUGAAGAGAACAUCAGUGGUAUGAUCUAUAUAAUUUCUCUUCACUUCUCGUUUUUCCUCACUGAUGAUUCUUUUUUUAGUUCGAGAGCCAAAAAUAUUUGUUACCUUGACUUUGCAUUUUUAUUUUUAUGAUUUGUUGCAAUUUUCCUACUUUUUCUUUAAGUAGGAAAAUGGAUAUAAUCUCAUGUAUAAACUUAAAGACGUAGAUUUUACAAAUUAUGGAUAGUUUAAUUCUAACAUAAGAAUUUUUGUAUGUUUCCACAUGCUUUUUUUUUAUCUCUUGUUGACUUAUGUUUGAUUGUUUUCUGCUUUAUUAUUGAAAUGUGUCAGAUGUCCAUUUGAUGCUUAUGUUCUGCUAAGGGGGUACAGAGCUCAACAGAUACAGGUCUUAUCCCUGAGGAAUUAAUGCUGGUCAGUAAGAACACAGAGACAAAUAUAGAGAUAAGGACAGAGAUAUCUGUACAGAUAUCACAUACAUAAAUAAAAUAUUCUGCAUAAACAA